AUGGCAAUUCAUUUGGCAAACAAGACAGUCACCUUCCCAAGAGGCAUAUGCGAAGACAUACUAGUCAAGGUGGACAAAUUCGUCUUUCCCACUGAUUUUAUCAUUCUAGACAUGGAGGCGGAUCCACAAGUGCCAAUCAUCCUUGGAAGGCCCUUCCUCAACACGGCAAUUACUAUAGUAGACAUGAGGGACUCGAAGCUCACCUUGUGGGUAGGAGAAGAUUCAGUCACAUUUGAGGUAGACCAAGCUAUGAAGUAUUCAAGGAACAGUGACGACACGGCAUUCUCAAUUGAUAUGUUAGACGAAUUAUUGGAGGAAUGCAUAACUGAAGAUUCCAUCAAGUUCACAACUGAUGAUGAAGAAUUUGAUCCAGAAAAAGACUUGAUGGAAAUUGAAAGACUGCUAGAAGAAGCGGAUUAUGAAGAAUUGGAUGCCAAGCCAAGACUGAUACGAUGGGUGCUACUUCUUCAAGAGUUCGACAUAGAGAUACGAGACAAGAAGGGAAUGGAGAAUGUAGCAGCUGACCACUUGUCAAGGCUUGAGAACCCGCAAUUGCAAGAAGAUAAAGUUGGAGACGACUUCCCGGACGAGUACAUUAUGGUAACAGUGGGAGAAGAGCCAUGGUUCGCAGACAUAGCUAAUUAUUUAGCCACAAAAUACAUUCCGAAAGAUUUUAGCAGUCAAGAAAAGAAGAAAUUCUUUUCUGAAUUAAAAUAUUACUUUUGGGACGAGCCAUACCUCUUCCGGAGCUGUGCGGAUGGGAUCAUACGAAGAUGCGUAUUCGGGAAGGAAAAAUGUGAUGCUUGUCAAAGAGUGGGAAACAUUUCAUCUCGGAAUGAAAUGCCACAACAUAGUAUCCAAGUGUGCGAGGUGUUUGAUGUGUGGGGAAUUGACUUCAUGGGACCAUUUCCCAUGUCUAAAGGAAACAAAUACAUACUAGUGGCGGUGGAUUAUGUAUCCAAAUGGGCGGAGGCACAAGCAUUACCAACAAAUGACGGUCGGGUGGUGGUGCGUUUUUUAAAGAAAUUAUUUUCACGAUUUGGAGUCCCGAAAGCCCUUAUAAGUGACCGAGGCACACAUUUUUCCAAUGACCAAUUGGAAAAGGUGUUAAAGAAAUAUGGGGUAACCCAUAAGUUUUCCACAUCAUACCAUCCACAAACUAGUGGACAAACCGAAGUAACAAAUCGAGCCUUAAAGCGAAUUUUGGAGAAAUCGGUGGGGGGCAAUCGCAAGGAAUGGUCGGAUAAGCUAGAUGAUGCACUUUGGGCCUUUCGUACAGCUUUCAAAACACCUAUUGGUACCACACCAUAUAGGUUAGUUUAUGGAAAGCAAUGCCAUUUACCGGUGGAGCUAGAGCAUAAGGCGUUUUGGGCUUUAAAGAGGUGUAACUUCAACACGGAGGAACUAAAGUGCAACCGGUUAAUGCAAAUGAAUGCUCUUGAGGAGCUAAGGAAUGAUGCAUACUCUAGUUCAUGGCUUUAUAAAGAGAAUACCAAGAUGUGGCAUGACAAAAGGAUUAAAGAUAAAGAAAUUCAUGAAGAUGGAUUCUCAGGUUAUUUUAAAAUACCCAUAGACCCAAUGGACCAAGAAAAGACCACAUUCACUUGCCCAAGUGGGACUUUUGCUUAUAGACGCAUGCCUUUUGGGCUAUGCAAUGCACCCGCGACUUUUCAAAGGUGUAUGACAGCCAUAUUCCACGAUAUGGUGGAAAAAUUCAUGGAAGUUUUUAUAGACGACUUUUCCGUUUUUGGAUCUUCUUUCCAUGAUUGUCUCACAAAUCUUGACCUAAUGCUUGCUAGGUGUGAAAAAACCGACUUGAUCCUUAAUUGGGAGAAAUGUCACUUUAUGGUCAAGGAGGGUAUAGUUUUGGGCCACAAGGUUUCCAAAAUGGGAAUUGAAGUGGAUCGGGCAAAGAUUGACACCAUUGCCAAAUUACCCCCACCAACUAAUGUGAAGGGCAUUAGGAGUUUUCUAGGACACGCGGGUUUUUACCGGCGUUUCAUAAAAGAUUUUUCCAAAAUAACUAGACCUCUAACACAAUUACUACUAAAAGAUGCACCAUUUACUUUUACUAAAGAAUGUUUUGAGGCAUUUGAAUGUUUAAAGGAAAAAUUAACUAAUGCCCCGAUCAUUAUUGCACCAAAUUGGAACUUACCAUUUGAGAUUAUGUGUGAUGCUAGUGACUUUGCAUUAGGAUCUGUCAUUGGUCAACGGGUUGUUAAGCCCUUUCGACCCAUAUAUUAUGCUAAUGGAUUCUCGGGUUAUUUUAAAAUACCCAUAGACCCAAUGGACCAAGAAAAGACCACAUUCACUUGCCCAAGUGGGACUUUUGCUUAUAGACGCAUGCCUUUUGGGCUAUGCAAUGCACCCGCGACUUUUCAAAGGUGUAUAACAGCCAUAUUCCACGAUAUGGUGGAAAAAUUCAUGGAAGUUUUUAUGGACGACUUUUCCGUUUCUGGAUCUUCUUUCCAUGAUUGUCUCACAAAUCUUGACCUAAUGCUUGCUAGGUGUGAAAAAACCGACUUGGUCCUCAAUUUGGAGAAAUGUCACUUUAUGGUCAAGGAGGUUAUAGUUUUGGGCCACAAGGUUUCCAAAAUGGGAAUUGAAGUGGAUCGGGCAAAGAUUGACACCAUUGCCAAAUUACCCCCACCAACUAAUGUGAAGGGCAUUAAGAGUUUUCUAGGACACGCGGGUUUUUACCGGCGUUUCAUAAAAGAUUUUUCCAAAAUAACUAGACCUCUAACACAAUUACUACUAAAAGAUGCACCAUUUACUUUUACUAAAGAAUGUUUUAAGGCAUUUGAAUGUUUAAAGGAAAAAUUAACUAAUGCCCCGAUCAUUAUUGCACCAAAUUGGAACUUACCAUUUGAGAUUAUGUGUGAUGCUAGUGACUUUGCUUUAGGAUCUGUCAUUGGUCAACGGGCUGAUAAGCCCUUUCGACCCAUAUAUUAUGCUAGCAAGACUCUAAAUCCAGCCCAAGAGAAUUACACCACCACUGAAAAGGAAUUAUUAGCUAUGGUGUAUGCCUUUGAAAAAUUCCGCCCUUACUUGGUUUUAUCCAAAACUAGUGUUUUUACUGACCACUCGGCUAUCAAGUAUUUGUUUGCAAAACAGGAUGCCAAGCCAAGACUGAUACGAUGGGUGCUACUUCUUCAAGAGUUCGACAUAGAGAUACGAGACAAGAAGGGAAUGGAGAAUGUAGCAGCUGACCACUUGUCAAGGCUUGAGAACCCGCAAUUGCAAGAAGAUAAAGUUGGAGACGACUUCCCGGACGAGUACAUUAUGGUAACAGUGGGAGAAGAGCCAUGGUUAGUUUAUGGAAAGCAAUGCCAUUUACCGGUGGAGCUAGAGCAUAAGGCGUUUUGGGCUUUAAAGAGGUGUAACUUCAACACGGAGGAACUAAAGAGCAACCGGUUAAUGCAAAUGAAUGCUCUUAAGGAGCUGAGGAAUGAUGCAUACUAUAGUUCAUGGCUUUAUAAAGAGAAUACCAAGAUGUGGCAUGACAAAAGGAUUAAAGAUAAAGAAAUUCAUGAAGGCCAAAAAGUGUUGCUCUUCAAUUCACGACUAAAGCUUUUCUCGGGAAAACUCAAGUCAAGAUGGGAUGGUCCUUUUCUAGUGAAGAUGGUGUUUCCACAUGGUGCUAUAGAGCUAUUGUCAAGAGAUGGCAUGCCUUUCAAGGUAAAUGGUACAAUGGCCAGAAGGGGGCAGUCUUCUCGUGGGGGAAACCAAACUGAUAUCCCAUGGCUUUCUUUUCAACAACUCACUUCCAAGUCAUCACAAACAAGGGCCAAAAACAGAUUAGAGGCGCUCAAACAAAAGGAAAUCCAUUUACCAAAUGCAGUUGAUUGGGGGUGGCUGGGAAAUGUGGGAUUGGAGGAGGAGCUUACACCUUACUUGGUGAAGGAAUGCAGUUUGGGGUAUACCACCAUCACAUGUGACGGUUGGUUACAACUAUUUAAGAUUCAAGAGCCUGAAUACGCCGAGCUGUGUUGGGAAUUCUUUGCUACCAUCUCAUUCUGA